AUGGAAAUGCUCACUCUAGAAAAUUUAGUUCUCAGUAAGAAACAAGCCACAGUAAAAAUCGGAGAAGACUCAGUGUCGAUCAAAGUAGGAGAACAAAGCAUAGAUCUUUCGAUAGGCAAUAUUAAGAACUUUGAACUUUUUAGAGGGAUUAGAGCAUUUUGCAUAAGAAUAUGCUAUUCUCCAUCAGAAACACAGGCGAAUAUAUUCUAUGAUCUUCACAAUGUGCAUGAAAGCUACCUAGUCAAGCUAAGAACUGCGAUCUCCUCCAUCUUUGGGUCUACUCUUCCUGUCCAAGAUCUUGAGACACUUCAUACAACACAGGGCAAUCUGGUCUACACCAACGAUCUGAUAUCACUCCAGUCAGACAAGCAGGUAUUUAGUAUUCCAAAAAGCUCAAUUAAGAAAGUAAUAGAGUUGGACAACGACAUUCAACUUGACUUGGGUGACAUUGAAAUAGUAUUUAAUACAACCAGUAAUAUCACACACUUUAUAACUGACAAACAGUCAGAAGAAAUAUGCAUUAUUACAGGCAUAAACUGCAUUAAUCCACGUUCAAAAUCUACUUUUGUGUUCUUUGAUGACUAUUUUGUUCUGAAAGGGUCAUCAUACGAUCAUACAAUUUCAUUUUCUGACAUUUCUGAGAUAUUCUUUUUGAAAAACGACUCUUCAUUUUACUUGGUUUUGAAGCUUGAAAACAGCAUUGUCCAAGGCCAAACCAGAUACGAGUCGCUUGUGUUCCUUCUAACGGACAAAGAGUUAGAAGUGGUAGCCAACGAUCCUAGAUUAAAGAACCAUUAUUUCGGAAGACAGUACGAUGUAUUACUAGAAAUAAUUGAAGGCCUUUUGAAGAUUAAGGCACAGGAGAGUGAGCUGUUUUUCAAAUGCACCUCAAAAGUAUUUGACGGUCAUCUUUACCUGCUAAGUGAAUCACUGCUGUUUUUACCAAAAUCCAUCUGCAUUCCGAUCGAAGAGAUUUCUCAUGUUGAGUUUUCUAGAAUCAACCUGAGUGUAGUACAAGCGAAAACGUUUGAUAUGACAGUUCAUGCAUCAAAAGUGUAUAAUUUUAGCGGUAUCCAAAAAGAUGCAUUCAAUCAAAUUGAACUGUACUUUAAUGAGAAGAAUAUUAAAAUGGUGUCUGAAGUGAUUGAAGAUAGCUAUUCUGGAGAGUCGGAAAGAAGUGAAGAUGAAUACUCAUCAAAUAUUAGCGACAUUGUGGAAUCAGAUGAAUAA